AUGCCCAACAUCGUGUGCCACGCCGGCUCUGGGCCCGACGACAUCUGGUCCUACUGCCCGUCCUUCGGCGCCGCAAUUCUAUUUACAGCCCUCUUCGGCCUCACGACCUUUGUGCACAUAGUCCAGGCGAUCGUCUACCGCAAACCCUUCGCCAUAGUUCUCAUCAUGGGCGCCCUGUGGGAAACGGGCGGCUAUGUCGCCCGGAUAUUCUCCAUCGAGAACCAACUGUCGAGCGGGAUCUACACGGUGCAGCUCCUGCUGAUCUUGCUCGCGCCGCUCUGGAUCAAUGCGUACAUCUACAUGCUCCUGGGCAGGAUGAUCCACUUCUUCCUGCCCAAAGGUGAAGACCGUGUGUUCAAGAUCCGUGCGCGGGCCAUCACACGAAUGUUCGUCGCUUUCGACAUCACGGCCUUCCUGAUCCAAGCCGUCGGCGGCACGAUGACCGGACCCGGUGUGAGCCCCUCUGUCCAGAAGACCGGGUUGAAUAUCUACACGGGCGGCGUCGGCGUGCAGCUGUUCUUCCUCGUCGUCUUCAUCUCGUUGGCCGUUGGCUUUCAACGCAAAGUCAAGCAGCUGAAGCAGAGAACCUCGACCAAGUCAGGCUACUACGACGCCGACACUGAAGCGCAAUACCAACCCGUCCUGGCCCCGUCGUCGUCGCCAGAUCCAACCCGAUCCGCCUCCUUCCGGCUCAACUACUCCCACUCCCCAAUAUCGGACGUUGCUACUACCAUGCCGGACCUCGCCCUCGCCACGCCGCUCCUCCGCCUCCUCUACAUCACGCUCGCGCUCAUCAUAAUCCGCAACAUCUACAGGCUCGUCGAGUUCGGCACGGGCGCCAACUCUCCCACAGUGACGCACGAGUGGUUCACGUACGUCUUCGACGCCGUGCCCAUGUUCUUCGCCCUGCUAGUCCUGAACGUCUUCUACCCCGGCAGGUUCUUGCAGGGCGGGCGCAGCGACUUCUCCCAGGAGGACAAGGAGAAGAAACAGGAGAAGAAGGCGAGGAAGGCACAGAAGAAGGAGGAUAAGAGGGAGAAGAAGGAGAUGAAGAGGGCAGCCAAGAUGAAGGCGGGGAAGGACGCGAUGAACGGGCCUGCGUACGAGGCUUUAAAGUAG